AGGUGUGUGUGUCGGUGUGUGAGUGUGGAGGGGGGAGGGCGUCGAUGGCGGCGGCGGCGACGUCGGUGCUCCUGUCCGCCUUGGCUACUCGCCUUUCCCAGUCGGCCACCGCCCGCACCUACGGGAUCUUUUGCAAAGGGCUGACGCGGACCCUCCUCAUCUUCUUCGACUUGGCGUGGAAGCUACGCAUCAAUUUCCCUUACCUGUACCUGGUGGCUUCGAUGAUGUUCAACGUCAGGCUACAGGUUCAUAUUGAGAUUCAUUAAAUCAUGCCUUAUGUUGCAACCAGAAAACAUUCCACCAUUUCCUUUGGAUUAUUACAAUGUGGAGAUUUGAGGACAGGGGAAUGAUGCCUUUCUCUUUUACCUGUAUGGCCUCGGAAGAAGAUUUGGGACACCAUCACCUGCAGCAAAGGACUAACCUAAAUCAGCAUAAGGAGGUCCUUCACUUUCUAAGGGUCCUUUCCUUAGCAAACAGCUCUCAUAUGGAUAAUCAUCACUUGCAAAAGAAAUCUUUCUCUCUCAAAAUUGGGUGCUGCCCUCUGUUUCAAGCUAUCCCACUGCCUGAUAUUGGUGAAAAUGUCUUACCACAUUGGAGCAACAUAACAAGAAGAGUCCUCUCAUCCAAGGAAUCACUUGGUUUACUACAGAAAGAUCUACUGGAGAAGAUCUUUAGUCCAUUCACUGGUACUAUAAUAACUGAUUGGUUAGAGAGAGCUCAUGACUUCAUUAGUGAACCAAACAGGUGGAGAACACUUUAUACACUUUGCACAUUUUUGACUGUCAGAGCCCCAGCAUAACCAGAAGCAACAACGGUUAGAACUGGAAUUAAGGGUUGAUGAUGGAAUGCACCUUUUGUUUACUUGAGAUGUUGAUUUGCAAGGAAUUUCAAUCUUCAGAUGUGAAAUCCAGCCUGGCUGCUGCAUUGGAUGAGCAUCUAGUGUGGCUUUCGGUGACCAGCAUCUGUCUGUCUCUCUGAUUUACUUUGACCUCAUAUCUUUGCCCAGUAACUUUGAAUAUUCAGAAAUAUUUUCCAGUGUAAAAUAUCCAAGCAAGCAUCGUUAGAUAUCUCAGUGGCUGCUAGCUAUAUGAGCAUUAUCACCUCACAUCUCUGUCAUGUCAUAGUAAAUAUAAAAAGUAGCAUUUGGAAAUAGUAGUGAUUACUGAAUCUGAAUCUGCUUAUUGAAUCUUCCUCACUUGUUAUUUUUAAUAUUUUUCAGAAGCCAGUACUGGUGUGGGUUUAUAAUAAUCUGGACAACCCAAAUUUAACAGCACUAGGGAGCUAAACUGGUCCAUGGGCCACCAAAUUGAUUCAAUACAACAUUCAGGAAUCCAUUUUGCUAUCACUUCUGUGUUAAUACCAGCAUAUUAUUGAUAGGGUUUAAUUUGAACAGUAUACAAUCCUGUAAAUUGUUGCCAUAUGAUGCAGGAGCAAAAAAAAAUUCAGCUUUUACUAUGUAUUGCUCUGGUGUCAAACUCGCAGCAUCACAUUGCCAUCACAUGACUUUUGAAACGCUAUUUCCCCUUCACGGAACUGGGAUGGGCGUGGCUUGUGAGUGACGCAUACAGCCCGCAGGCUGCCAGUUUGACAACCCUGGUGUAUUGUAUUCCUACCUUGCAUAUGGAGUGAGGGAAGCUUUUCCACUUAACAUUUUCUGAAGCAUUUCUGAGCCCACCAGAAACACAUAUAUUAGGAAAGCUGAAAGUUUUAAAGAAAUUAAAGAACUGGAAAUUUAACUGAAUUAUAGUUUGUACUUGGUCCAGUGAUCCUCAUUCUCUUGGGUGCAACGACAUGCUGGUUUGGGAGAUGAGAGUCCAAUCAUGGGUAAUCCAGGUUGAGGAAUGCUGGUUUAAACGUGACAGCAUUUUCAGCUGGCCUUUAGGCAAUGCAAAACACCCUCAAGAUAACGUUUGUGAUGUUCUGAAGGCCUAAUCAAGUGGCCACCUGUAAAAUGAUAGUUGGGUGUAGCUGUUUUUAAUAAUUAUCUCUGUAUUGCCAUCUGUAUCCAGGUGUAUAAGGAUAAGCUUAGAUGCCUUGUUUUAGGUACUGUGAUAAGGAUUUAAUAAAGAAUUGUUACGCAUGAG